GAUAUGUAAACAUUGAUUCUUCGUUGUUUUCAUUUUCAUUUUUUUUCUUUUCAGUCAAUUUGAAAGAUAUUUAUUCAUUACACAAGAAACAAGAAUAUGAAUAUUCCAAAGAAUUCUCGGACUCUACUUGGAAAACAGCCAGCCAGGAUCUUGCUAGUGGACAUCAAUGGAUUUCUUCAUGAUUCAGCUAUGGUAGACGGUAUUGCUGAGGCUAUGAACGAUUUCUUCUCUGUGGCCUGUAACAUUGGAGGGCCGUCCAGAAUGCCUUUGUUUGGAAUAGUAGCCUUUUUGUCUUACCCAGAGAUUUUGUUACCGCUGUCGCAUGUAAAGAGUAAUUAUGCAAGAAUACAAAGCGCGAUAAAGGACUUACAAUCCUCUUUGAAUGGCAGAAAUAUGGCGUCUGAGACGGAAGGCACUGUCACAAGAGCAAUUGAAGAGGCUUGCAAGCAGUUUAAAAGACAAAUGUUGCAGAAUAGUCUUCAGAUUCGAGGAGUUCUCCAGCAAGUCGAGAUCAUCCUUCUCACAACAAGACCACCUAGAAAGAUGCAACAGGAGAUAGAAGAGGCACUGGACAAAAGUGAUCUCACUAACUUAAAGAGGGUGCAGUUGGUGAUCGUUGAUUCGUGGUCUACAGAUCUUGGGGAUAGUCAAAGCAGUACGGUUUCCUGUAACAGCCCAGCGAGUGGACUAAUAGAUGUACUUCAUGUAGAUGGAGAGAGCCAAAGUCUGCACAACUUUUUCAAUGCUUGGCUUCUAGAUUUCAACACAGACAGCGAACAUUUACACUUAAUAUUGCCCGGGGAAUCAUUAAGUGAGAGUGAAAAUAUCACCAUUAGAUGUGAUCUACAAGAAAGAAUGCUGAAUCCUGCCCAACUGCCAUACUAUGAACAAUUUACAGUACAUUCGGAAUCAACCAGCAUGAAAACAUUUCCAACCCAAAGCAAAGCCUCUGGUAUGUGCAUACCAAUACAUAGAAUAGCCAUCACUGAUAUGAUACCGCUACAGAAUGUUUGUGAAUCCAUAGUUUUUGGAGUGCCUUUGAUACUUCAAGCAACAAGCUGCUGGAAACUAGAAUGGGAAGAGUUGGAGAAAAAUCAACAACAGUUCAAAGCCCUGUGCUACAUUUUAAUGGAAAAGGAAAUGGCUCUGGUCGGACAAGUAAAGUCACCAAAUCCUUGUAUUAGUGGAAACAAUAGAACGAUUAAAAACCUACAGACUCCGGAAGAGAAACCUUGUGGCUGGUACUUGUUUCUGCCAGCUCCAAAUGGGACUCUACUGGUAAAGGGUAUUGCAGCCAAAGAGUUACUCCUUCCAUACACUGGGACCUCAACAAUGGAUGACAUUUCAGAUGAUGCUUUAGAGGACAUGAGAGCAAGCUUUGAAAAGCUGCCAGUUCUGGAUAAUUUCAACCCUCUAAAUAGACCCUCUGGGCUGUACGAAUGUUUAAAGACGAAAUAUGGUCGACAGGAAGACAAAAAUACGAAGCACAAGUCCAGAAUUGACGAUGAUAUAAGUAUUUCUCCAUCCAAGCAAACCUGUCCUGGAGCUACUUUAAGAAUAGACAACACAGGACGACGAAGUUCAGCAGCGAAAGGAAACACAAAUAGAAAACCAUCACCUCUUCCCUUUAAAGUCGGUCAUCUAAAUUCACUUAUUGAAUUUCCACAUGAACUUUGAAGAUUGAGGGACGACUGCGGAGAUUCCGAAGCAUCCACACAUUACGGAGUAUUGUUUAUGGAUUGGUGCUGUUCAGACGGUAAUCGGGCGUAGAAGCCGUGUGUUAUUAUGUGCUACCUUUCCGGUAUAACAUGUCGCCCCGGAAGCGUUUGUCUAAUACCCGAUCUUCCAAUAAUUGUAGACGAGAGUGGGAAUAGUAACACGAAGUAUGGAAAAAGAUCUUACUUUCACCAGGCUAGAAUGAUAUCGGAACACUCUCUUGGGUAGAUUAAAGGGUUGGAUUCCACAAAUUCAUCCGGGUUAUUUUAAUUGUUUAUAAGGUGAAAAAUUCAGGUAUUAAGUGGAUCAAUAGAACAUUAAUCUGUGGUGAUGAUAUCUCUGUUCAGUGAGGCUAUAGAACGCAGAGGUAUUAAAAUACAAAAACUAUACCAUUGAUGGUUUUACAUAUUACGCUGUAUCAAUGACAACGAAGGAAUUCUAAAAAUACCGUUUUUCUAGGGAUAUAAUUUGCCUAUUUUAAUUCUGGUAAUUUAGGGUUAAUAACUAUAAAUAACACCCCCCUCAAAAAAGACCCUUUCGUCAUUGCGCGAUA